UCAUUGAUUCUCCUCCUGCCGCUUGAUGUGUUUCUGGAGUUAAAGGCAGGCAGUGACUGUAUACACAUUUAAAGAGGAGAGCCCAACAACAAAAUCUGCUGAUCGGAAAUAAACACAGCACACCAAAGCAUAGCAGAAUGAGCUCAAAGGGUGGUACUGCCCUGUCCAGACGUAACUAUCGACUGGCUUCUGACACGGACAAACCCAAAGCCGCAGGUAUUGUGAAUGAGAAGUUACUCAGUGACUAUCUGCAUCAUGUGUUUCCUGCCUCCAGUAAGCAGGGACCGGCAUCAGCAGCGAACAGGAAAACCCUGACGUUCCAGGAUCUCGGAGCUCAUCUGGAGAAGCUUCUGUCUGAAGAUAACGUCAGCGAGGACAGCAGAGAUCAGGUAGAAGGCUGCCUCGGGCCUUCAACUGUCGUCCUGGAUCACAGCAGUGGGUUUGAAGGCCUGUUAUUUGUUGAUGAUGACCUUUUGGGGGUCAUUGGCCACAGUAACUUCAGCUCCAUCAGAGCCACCACGUGUGUUUACAAAGGGAAAUGGGCCUACGAAGUUCUCGUCUCAUCUCAAGGCCUAAUGCAAAUCGGAUGGUGCACGUUGAACUGCAGAUUCAACCAAGAGGAGGGGGUCGGGGACACGCCGGACUCGUACGCUUACGACGGAAACAGAGUCCGCAAGUGGAACGUGACGACCACCAACUACGGCAAGUCCUGGGCUGCUGGCGAUAUCGUCAGCUGUUUGAUAGAUCUGGAUGAGGGCACCAUCACGUUUUGUCUUAAUGGACAGUCUCUGGGUGUUGCGUUUAGCAAUAUUAAGACGGGGCCGGGCGUCGCAUAUUUCCCUGCGAUCAGCCUCUCCUUCAAAGAAUCUGUAGCCUUCAAUUUCGGCAGCCGUCCUCACAGGUACCCCGUGGAAGGUUACCUUCCUCUUCAAAGCCCACCCACCACUGACCUCAUCAAGGCCAACAGGCUUCUGGGAUACCUGAAGACCGUCCUGUCCACGUCCCUCGACACACAGGAGGAGAAGCUUGUGGAGAGAGAGAGUGGAGCCUGGCAGAUUGAAGGAGAGCCCACCAUCCUGGUCACCCUCGCUCAUAUAUUCAACCACUUCGCACCUCUGAUGUGUAAAGUGUACUUAGUGGAGGACGUGCUGAUGAACUUCCUGUUGAGUAUAUUGGAGGGUGGAGGAUCUGUGGAAGAGCAUCCUCUCAUACAGCAGCUGCUGGAUCUUUUCUGGCUCCUCAUGGAGGAGCACGAGGUGAGCGAGUGUCUGAAACAGCUGAUGAUGUCACUGCUGAGAGCGUACCGUUUCUCUCCCAUCAUCCCGGACCUGGGCUUUCAGAUUCAUUACCUGCGUCUGACCACAGCGAUACUCCGACAUGAGAAGUCCAGGAAGUACCUGCUCAGCAACGUCCUGUUUGACGUGCUCCGGUCUGUGGUCUUCUUCUACAUCAAGACCCCUCUGAGAGUGAAGGAGGCGGGGCUGGAUGAGCUCAUCCCCACCACCUGGUGGCCCACACGCUUCGACAAAGAGGGCAAAGAUGAGAGAGACACGCGUGAGGAGACGGCCGAGGAGAGGCUGAGACGACGAGCGUACGAGCGCGGCUGUCACCGACUGAAGAAGAGGAUUGAGGUUGUGGAGGAGCUGCAGGUUCAGAUCCUGAGGUUGAUGCUGAACAACAAAGACAAGGGGGUGGGCGAAGCAUCUCGAUACAUUUUCCUCAACAAAUUCCGCAAGUUCCUUCAAGAGAACGCCAGCAAUAGAGGGAACCCCACAGUGUUGUGUCCUCCCGAAUACAUGGUGUGCUUCAUACACCGGCUCAUCACGGCCAUCAGGAGCUACUGGGACGAAGGCAAGAGGAGAAGCCCAGGAUCCAUCAGCAGUGAAGACGCGUACGUCCCUCCUCAGCUCUUCUACAACGGGAAGGUGGAUUACUUUGACCUUCAGCGUUUAGGAGGACUUCUCUCGCAUCUGAAGAAGACGCUCAAAGAUGACCUGGCUGCGAAAGCCAACAUCAUCAUCGACCCGGCGGAGAUCCAGGCCUCAUCCAUGGACGAUCUGGAUGAAGACGAGGAGACUGGAGCUGCACAGAGACCGUCUGGCUCUGUGGCCAUGGGCGGCGCUCUGGCCCGUCCCAGCUGGUUGAGUUCCCCGACGCUGGGCAGAGCCAACCGCUUCCUGAGCACCGCGGCCGUCAGCCUCAUGACCCCUCGACGACCCCUCGCCCCGCCGGAGAAGGUCAAAGUCCGGACCCUCGCCGUGGAGCAGAGAACCGAGGAAGACAUCGAGGGAAGCCAUGGUAACGAUGGGCUGUUGCUGGGGCGACCGUCAGAAGAGCCCGACCAGCCAAUCACAGAGAAGUCCCUGCUGGAGAUCCUGGAUGGGGUUGUGAUGAUGUACAAUCUGAGCGUUCAUCAGCAGCUCGGCAAGAUGGUGGUUGUGUCGGAUGAUGUUCACGAGUAUGCCGUCGCCCUAAAGGACACGGAAGAGAAGAUCGCCCGAUGCCCGAGCAGAAGGCUGGAUAUUUUAGAAGAGUUGCAGAAGAGCCAAAAAGUGUUUGCUGAAAAGCUGAACCACCUGAGUCGUAGGUUGGCCUGGAUUAACGCCACCAUCUACUCCAAGGAGAAGAUGCUGGAUGUAUACUGGCUCCUGAGGGUGUGUAUCCGCACCAUCGAGCAUUCGGACAGCACAGGCUCCCUGUUCGCAUUCAUGCCCGAAUUCUACCUCAACGUGGCCAUGAACAGCUACAGCGCCCUCAAAAACUACUUCAGCCCCUCCAACUGCAUGGAGGAGCUUCCAGGUUAUGAGGAAACGCUCACUCAGCUCGCAGCCAUUCUCGCCAAACACUUCGCUGAUCCACGCAUCAUUGGCACCGAUAUCAAAGAUUCACUGAUGCAGGCUUUAGCCAGUUACGUGUGUUACCCACAAUCCCUGCGUGCCGUCGAGAGGAUCCCAGAAGAACAGCGGAUGGCUAUGAUGAAGAACUUACUGGCUCCUUAUGAACAGAGACCUUGGGCUCAAACCAACUGGAUCCUGGUUCGUCUUUGGAGGGGUUGUGGCUAUGGCUACAGGUACACACGUCUGCCUCAUCUGCUGAAGACCAAACCAGAGGACGUGAACCUGCCCAGCCUGCAGAAGCCCUGUCCAUCACUUCUGCUGCAGAGACACAUGGCUGAACUCCUUAGUCAAGACAAAGACAUGGCUGCCAGUUUCCUUAAUAGCGUCUUAAACCAGCUCAACUGGGCCUUCUCCGAAUUCAUCGGCAUGAUACAGGAGAUCCAGCAGGCAGCUGAGCGUCCUGAGAGGAAUUUCGUGGACACGCGGCAGUUAAAGGUGUGCGCGACCUGUUUCGACCUGUCUGUCAGUCUGUUACGGGUCCUGGAGAUGACCAUCACUCUAGUGCCGGAAAUAUUCCUGGACUGGACCCGCCCCUCCGCCGAGCUGCUGCUGCGCCGAUUGGCUCAGCUCCUGAACCAGGUCUUAAACAGAGUCACAGCAGAAAGAAACCUUUUUGACAGGGUGGUCAACUUGCGCCUCCCAGGCCUGGAGAGUGUGGAUCAUUACCCGAUCCUAGUGGCUGUUACAGGAAUACUGGUGCGCAUUCUGGUCGACUCUGAUAAACAAGGGAUCUCAAGGGCUUCAUCUGUGCUGCUGUCAGAUCCUUGCUUCCAGCUUCGCUCCAUCCAGUACCUGCUUGGAGAAGGAGACGCCGGAGACGCCGGAGCCACCAGUGCAGACCAGAAACACUUCUCUCUGCACACAUAUACGGACUACAUCAGCGCGGAGGAAGAGCAGAAGGUAGAACAGAUGCUAACGUUCCUGACGGAGGAGUCCAAGCAGGCAGCUGCCAGCACAGCGCCGACGAGCGAGGACGAUCUCUGCCCGAUCUGCUAUGCACACUCCAUAUCAGCCGUCUUCAAGCCCUGCUCCCACAAAUCCUGCAAGGCCUGUAUCAAUCAGCACUUGAUGAAUAACAAGGACUGCUUCUUCUGCAAGGCCACCAUCACUGGAGUGGAUGAUUACACUAAACCGGCCAGCUCUUAGUGCGCCCUUCACACACACACACACACCCACAUUUAGUGUUCAGAAUCCACAUUAUGUACACUUUCCCCAAAGACUUCACUUCAGAAACACAUAUUCAGGUUGGACUCUUUCUUUCCACUCAGUCCAUGUACGGUCAUCGUCCCGUCACCGCUGCUUCUGCCAGCAUUGCCCGUCUGCACUGGCGUAUCAUAACAUUUGUUCCUCUGACGGAUGGAACGAGGCCGUGCAAGGCAAUCGUUCUUUCCAGGUGUCUUUGUGAUGAAUGGAUGAGAUCCUGUUUAGAGCCGUGCGCUCGUGGUGCUUCUAGAGCUGAAUGUGGGAGAUCUGCUGAGAGUCAUGGGCAGAGCGAAUGACAGAUUUCAUCUCUCGUCCACUGUCUCAAUCUCUUCUUUCUUCGCUCAUCUUCUCAUCUGUUUUCAGACUUCAUCUCAUCUCUUCCUCUCUCUCCUCAUCUCUUGUCUCAUCUCAUUUUUUUCUUUCCUUCUCUCGUCUCUUCCCGUCUCAUUCUCGUCUCUUUUUCUUAUCUUGUCGCUUCUCAUCUCAUUUUGGUCUCCUUCUCCUUUCUUCUCGUCUCUUCUCACAAACUCUGGUUAUAUUAUCAUAUCAGGAAGUCAGAUAUAAACUCAGUGAACAGUUUUUCACAUCACUCUGUAUUUGCUAAAGUUUUUAUACUCCGUACUGACAGCCAUAUUUGACAGAAUGACAACAUGCAGUCUCACACGAUGCAGAACCUACAAUCACGACAUGAUCUUCUACAUGAAAAGGAGACCGUUUACACUGAGAUGUGAAUGCAGUUUGAUCUGCUACAUGUUCUCCAUUCGGCCAGCUUUCACGUUUGAUCUGACAUUAUUACGGUGUGGUGUUUGUGAUUGUUCGGCUUUCUUCACACCCAGAUCUUUCCUUCAGUCUGUCCCAUUAGGAGUGCCUAGACUGCUGGUUUUGUUCCAGGACACCCAACAGACAUCUAAGUGCUUUGCUGUUGUGUGCAUGGGGUUAGCUUUCCCAGAAUCCUUUGCUAAUGGAUUAUGUUACACUGGGGCUCUGCCUGCACUCAGAAUCCAUUGCCUCGCCACAGCUCCUUUAAAAGGAUAUUCAGCCAUUGACAACUGCGAUUUUCUACACCAAAUAAAAGUCUAGUCUCUUAAAAACCCACUAAAUAUUAGAGCCAAGACUGGAGCUUUGACUGUCACAAAAGAGUACGCAUUGUUAAAACAACUUGUACAGAAUUCAUCAUGCGCUUCUUACUAAUGCACACAGACGGUUUAUUUAACACGCAGACGAUUUGCUGCGACCGAUAAACCACUGAACUUCCAAACACUACAUGAUAAGUAUGAAUUACCAAAGCCAAGAGAGUAUUUGGAUCACUGCUUCUCACAUUUGGACGGUUAAAGGAUUUCUCACAAUGUGGUGUAAUGUUGUUUUAAAAAGGGGGUGCAUGAUAUGACAGUAGGACCCCCCCCCCCCAUAUAGUUUACUUAAAGUGUGUGUGUGCGCAUUUGCGAUGAGCGUGUGCCGACGACUGUAAAUUUAGGGUUUCCACUCUCAGACACCUGCUAUUGUUUUCAAAGAUUAGUUAAGCAAUAUUUAAAUGACUGUUGAUUUGUUUGUUUUUUUCUGUCUUUCUUUCUUUCUUUCUUUCUUUUUUUUUAAGAAAGAGAUGACAUGGCGAUUUUUGGUUCUUUCACUUUUGUGAGAGUGUACAUGUAUUGAUAUUAGCAUUAAAUUAUUUAUCCUAAA